AUGGCUUCAAGUCUCACAGUAUCUCUCGUGGCAGCUUUUCAAGCAAGCAUGGCUGUACUCCUGGUGAUAUUCUACGGUGCUCUAUCGGUAUACAUGAAGCUUCUCGAUAGCAAAUCUGCCAAAAUGAUGUCCAAAAUCUCAGUCAAAUUCUUUCUACCCGCACUGGAAUUUGUCAAGAUCGGCAGAGAAUUACAUGCUGGAGGAGGCCAUCGUUACAACGUCAUUUUGGUGUGGGCAUGCUUAACACAUACGAUUUCAUUCUUGAUUGGUGCAGGUGCUCAUUUCAUCUUCGGGAUGCCAGAUUGGAUUACCGCAACUAUUAUGUUCAAUAAUACGACAAGUUACCCUUUAAUGUUGAUUCAAGCUUUAGAUCAAACUGGUCUUUUAAAUCCGUUACUUCUAGAAGAUGGAGGAACAGGAUACAAUCCAGUCGAACAGGCAAAGUCAUAUUUUCUUGUUUACUCGGUUCUCUCGAGUUGUCUGACAUUUGCCAUUGGUCCUCGUAUGAUGGAUACAGAAUUUGCAAUUGAUCCGCCCGAUGAAGAGGAUCUUUUGUCUGCACUCGCACAGGUACAACAGGACAGGGAGGGUGAGAGUGAAGAUGAUAAUGAAAGAUUACAUUUUCCGACCGAACACACGAAUCUUCUUUCGCCUCCGCAUCGACCAGCAAUUUCUAGCAGAUCUACCUCCUUUUUCCCAUCGAGACGUGCUUCGGCUACUAUGACACCUCCUACACGAGAUACAAAUCGAGCAAUCGCAUACGAAAGACGUCCUUCCUCUAUUAUAAGUAGACGAAGAUGGUUUGAACUUAGUGAUCGAGUUCGAUGGUGGUUACUUUUCUUUUACGACUUCUUGAACGCGCCUCUUCUUGGUGCCAUAGCCGGUGCAAUUGUGGGACUAUCACCGGUUCUCCACCGAGCAUUUUUCAACGAAACAGUCGACGGGGAAUUUUCACAGCAUGGCUCACUGCAUCUCUUGAAAAUAUUGGAAUUCUAUUUGUCUCUCUGCCCGUCUGAAAAGGGAAAGGGUAAGGAACCUACUAGCACACCCUGGUUUACAACUUUCUACGUUCUUGCAGUACGAUUCGCAAUUUGGCCUGUUAUUUCUACGGGAAUCAUUUACUAUUUGGCGAAAAAUACAACUUGGGUGGGAGAGGAUCCAAUGCUUUGGUUCUCGAUGAUGUUCAUGCCGUUAGGUCCGCCGGCUGUUAAACUUAUCACAAUGGUAGAGGUCAGUGAUGCUAAGGAGGAAGAUCAACAUAAGGUUGCUAAAUUACUCGCGAUUUCGUAUGCUAUAUCUCCAGUCAUGUGUUUUGCGGUGGUAGGAAGUUUGAAUGCAUGCCAGGCGGCAAAAAUUUGA